AUGGGGGCAUAUAGAAUGCCAGGGAGGUUCCAGAGAGUUGCAGCAGUGUUUGACGAGGGGGCGAGGGUGAGGCUGUGCGAGAGCAGCGGCAGCGAGCACUCGGCGGCGGCAGAGAGCGUUGCCGAUUUGUCUGUCCUUGUUAAGUCUUUUAUCGAACGAGGUAAUUAUAGAGGCGAUUCAAGGGAUGAUGGUGAGGAAGUCGAGAGGGAUUCGUUUGAGAUUAUUGAAGAAGUAGAGGGCGGUUAUCGGUCUGAUUCAGAGACCAAGACUACACUACGAGAGCUGCUGGAUAAGAAUGAAGGUAGCGAUGAUGUGAAGGAACACAUUGUUGCCGAGGUUGAACAUGCCUGUGCAGUAAUCGGGGAUAGGUCGGACAGAGAGUUCAAGAGGAAGCUGACGACUCAUUUGCGCCACAAGGGUUUUGAUGCCGGUCUGUGCAAGUCAAAGUGGGCUAAAUCCAGUCGGUUUCCAGCAGGGGAUUAUGAAUUUGUUGAUGUCAAUGUCAAUGGAACUCGUUACAUUGUCGAACCAUUCUUCACCGGAGAAUUUGAAAUCGCCCGUCCCACUAGUCGAUACACAUCGUUACACGAUGUCCUGCCACAAAUAUUUGUCGGAAAAGUUGAAGUGCUGAAGAAAAUUGUUAGGAUUAUGUGCUCGGCCAUUAAAAAGUCCAUGAAGAGUGUAGAAAUGCCAUUGCCACCAUGGAGGAGAAAUGCAUACAUGCUAGCCAAGUGGUUUGGUUCCUACAAGCGCACAACAAAUGCUGUUUCUUCUUCAACCAAAGCAUUUGAAUUCGACGAAAGUUCUAGUGUCAAAAGAUCAUUCGGCUUUGAAGCUCUGCCCCCAAAAUCCUACAAUUGCAGAGACAGCUUCGCUACAAAGAAUGGCCUGAGAAUUGGGAACUUGACUGCUGCCUUUCAAUCCAAAGGCAUGGGCAUGCAAUUGUAG